AUGUCUCAAGCAGCCAAGCUCCGCGUCUGCAAGAACAAGACCAGAGUCUUUAUCCUCACCGACAUCACCAACGAGCCCGACGACUCCGAGUCGCUGGUCCGUUACCUUCUUUACAGCAAUGAAUUCAACACGAGGGGUCUCGUGGCAUGCACGUCCACACACAUGAUGUCCCGCGUGGCCCCUCAGGAGAUUGAAGACAUUGUUAACGGAUACGCCGAGGUUGUGGCCAAUCUGAAUGCCCACGCCCAUCCGGAGAAUCAGUACCCUGACCCCCAGGCUCUUCGCGAUAUGAUCAGGAGUGGACCACCCGUGUAUGGCAAGAUCGCCCUUGAACCUGAUGCACCACUCUCUGGUGGCUCAGAGCUUCUCAUCAGCCGCGUCGACGAGUCCGAAGAGCCUCUUUGGGUUCUCUGCUGGGGUGGUGCCAAUCCCCUUGCGCAGGCUGUUGCUCACGUCGACAAGACGAGAUCGGCCGCCGAGAGUGCCCACUUCCGCUCAAAGCUAAGAGUAUACGCCAUCUCCGACCAAGACGACACGGGUGCGUGGAUGAGAAUCAAGUACCCCGACAUCUUUUACAUCUGCUCCAUCCACGGCUGGUGCCAGUAUUACUGCGCAACAUGGACAGGUAUCUCAGGUCCUACCGAUGUGGGCGGCUCAGAUCCAAGCCAGUUCACGAGGGAGUGGAUCAAGGAGAAUAUCCAAAUCGGUCCCCUAGGCAAGAAAUACCCCGACUUCAAGUUCCUUGUCGAAGGCGACACACCCACCUUUCUCUACCUCAUCCAGAACGGCCUCGGCUCACCCGAACAUCCUCACUGGGGCAGCUGGGGUGGCCGGUACACCUACUUUGACCCUAGCAUGAGUGGUAAACACUUUGCAGAUGCUGUCGAAGCUGCUGUGGGAAUAGACGGCAAGAUUUAUGUGAGCAACUGGGCUACCAUUUGGCGAUGGCGCCCGGCUUUCCAGAAUGACUUUGCCGCUCGCAUGCAGUGGACUCUGACGGACAAGUUUGAGGAUGCCAACCACGCUCCUGUUGUGUUUGUCAACGACAGCACUGGCGGACCUGAGCCGCUGCUCAUUGAGGUGGAAGCUGGCGAGAAGAUUGUACUAGAUGCCUCAAAGAGUUACGACCCAGAUGGCGGAGAGAUCGAGUUUCACUGGUUCCAGUAUAGAGAACCAACUGGUGUGUCUGGUCUCCUCGGAGAGAUGGUCCCUGAUCUUGAAAUCAAAGACGUCGAUCCAGAAGGUUUGGGGCGCAAGGUGGAGGUGCCAAUUCCACCCCCUGAAGUGUCGUGUCUUGAGCAGCGCAGCGGUAAGCCCUUGGAGAAGGGACAGGAGUACCACAUCGUUUUGGAGGUCAAGGAUAAUGGAACUCCCAGCCUGACGACUUACAAGCGGGUGGUGAUCCAGUGUACCAAUCGGGAGCUACGAGGCGGUAGAGACACUGUGGCGGAGACGAAUGCCGAGUGGUUACUGCUGAGGAGGUAG